UGCAGCAGGCACAAGCAGCAGCUUGUUGAAGUUGCUGCAACUAAGGCCAAACCAUGCUUGUGCUUACACAGCAUGGUCAGGAAGUUUGGAGAAUGAAACCCUUCAGUCCUGAGGUCUCCCCAGACCCACCCCGUGCCACUGCAGCCCACCUGCUUUACAUCUGUACCCUCUUCCUGACCUUGCUCAGCUUGGCCCAAGGCUCCGGAGGUUCCAUGGUACCCAACAAGCCGUUCAUCACUGUUUGGAAUGCAGACACUUACUGGUGCCUGGAGAGUUGUGGAGUGGAUGUGGAUGUCAGUGUGUUUGACGUGAUUGCCAACAAGGAGCAGAGCUUUCAAGGCCUUAACAUGACAAUUUUCUACAGCUGGCAGUUGGGCACCUACCCCUACUAUACAUCCACCGGGGAAGCCGUAUAUGGUGGCCUGCCCCAGAAUGCUAGCCUGGUUACCCACCUUGUUCACGCAUUCCAGGACAUCAAGGCCGUCAUGCCUGAACCUGACUUCUCAGGACUGGCAGUCAUUGACUGGGAGGCAUGGCGCCCACGAUGGGCCUUCAACUGGGACAGCAAGGACAUUUAUCGACAGCGCUCAAUGGCACUUGUCCAGGCAGAACACCCUGACUGGCCGGAAACUUUAGUGGAGUCAGUAGCUCAGGACCAGUUUCAGGAAGCUGCACAGGCCUGGAUGGCAGGCACCCUCCAGCUGGGGCAGGUACUGCGUCCUCGUGGCCUCUGGGGCUACUAUGGCUUCCCUGACUGCUACAACUAUGACUUCCUAAGUUCCAAUUACACAGGCCAGUGCUCACUAAACAUCCGUGACCAGAAUGAUCAGCUAGAGUGGUUAUGGAACCAGAGCUAUGCCCUCUAUCCCAGUAUCUACUUGCCUCCAGCACUGAUGGGCACAGGGAAGGCACGGUUGUAUGUUCGACACCGUGUACAAGAGGCAUUCCGUGUAGCUAGCGCUUCCAGAGACCCCAGUGUGCCUAUACUGCCCUACGUGCAGAUCUUCUAUGAAAUGACAGAUCAUCUUCUGUCCCUGGAGGAGCUGGAACAGAGCAUUGGGGAGAGUGCAGCUCAGGGAGCAGCAGGUGUGGUGGUCUGGGUGAGCUCAAAAAAUACAUCUACCAAGGAAUCAUGCCAGGUCAUUAAAGAGUAUAUGGAUUCCACACUUGGCCCUUUCAUCAUGAACGUGACCAGUGCAGCUCUUCUCUGCAGUGAAGCUCUGUGUUCCGGCCACGGUCGCUGUGCCCGCCGUCCCAGUUAUCCCGAGGCUCUGCUCACCCUCAAUCCGGCCAGUUUUUCCAUUCAGCUAACAAGUGAUGGCAGGCCCCUAAGCCUCAAUGGUACCCUCACACUUAAUGAUCGGACAGAGAUGGCUAUGAAAUUCAAGUGUCGCUGCUACCGUGGAUGGCGUGGAAAGUGGUGUGAGAAGCAGGGUGGUGACAUUCCGGGCACGGAGGACUUAGGAGGAGGUACGCCGUCUCCGGGGAAGACUGCUGUGAGUCCUCCGUACGACUGGGACCAGCGUAGGCAAACCGAGGAAUCGGAGCCAGAGACCGCGAGAUACCGAAUCGUGCGCAGGCUGGGCGCGGACCAUCCCGGAGCUCGGCUUUAACAUGACUUAGGAGGCUAAGGCAGUUGGAUCGCUACUUUGAGGCAAGCAUAGGCUACAUACCCUGGAGAGAGACAGAGGUGGGGGCGACCCAAACCAAAGCAAGAGAUAGCCCGCAAGUGGACAAGGUUGGUUAGCCUGGCACAGUGAGCUGUUGUAAUGGUCAACAAAUUUGUAGCCAGAACUUCUGGGUUCUACCACAGCUUCCAGCAUUUACCAUAACCCCCCUCAGCCUCCCUCCAGUGUUGGGGUAGGACACCUGGGUUCAUUCAUUCAUAGGGAUGGGUCUCUUCCUGGGCACCUGUACUUUCCAGUGCAUUCCCCAGUUCCCAAAUGCAAAACCCCCAUCCCUCAGUCCUUCCCUGCCUCCACCCUGUCUUCCUGACACAGCCUAGCGUGGCUGUUAUCCACAGGAGGUGAAUCCGUGUAUGAGGCGAUGCCACUGCCUGGAGACUGUGGUCUUACCCUCCAGCCUGGCAGUGAGCCACCUGAAACCUAAUGGGAAGUGACCUUGGCUUCCUAUCUGCCUCAGCUGAGCCUGGAUCCUACCUGUAGGCAAGAGC